UCAGAUCUUCUCUGUCUCUGUAGUCUAUUAUUUUACCUUUUUUAGGAAUCUCAUUCUGGCAUUUUCUUGCUUUUUGACUCUCCUAAUAAUUGUUUCAUUGUAGUUCCCAUUUAAAUUGAUAAACUACUAUUUGUCAUUGCUUGGAAAGAAAAAAUGUGAUUUGCACCAAUAGCAACCAACUAUAUGUAGAUGAUCUGGCUUUUUAUUUUGUGAAGCUAUAAAAGAUUAUCUCAAAAAGAUCAUUCUGCAUCUUAAAGUGUUUUGUGGUUUCUAACAUUGGUCAUUCAACUCUUGGUUUAUUUUUUAUUUUUUGUUGAGUUACCUAGAUCAUGGUCCAUCAAAAAAGGGGGAAAAGACACCCUUUGGUGGCCUAAAGUUUGUUCUAUUUAAUCAUGGUACUUCUGCAGUCCAUAUAAUAUGCUUUAUGCUUGUCACUAGUAUAGUUUGAUACAAUUCAUGCUUGGGAGUUUAUAUCAUGUUUCAGUUCAGAAUUCAAAUGUUAUUUUGGAUGUGUGGUUCAUAUCAAAAUUUGAUUUUGAUGAGAUGGUUAACAAAAUAUCAAAUUUCACAAAGUAUAUUCGUUGAAAUUUUUGAAAAUGGGAAGUAUGAAGAUGGCCAGUCAAAUAAGAAAAGGGUCAUAUGUUUGAGGUGUAUCUAUUCUGGACAGCUAUAUUCUUGACAGUAUUCAUGAUUGUUAGAUAUACAAUAUUUGAUUUUUUUUAUUGAAUAUAAGGUAGAGCAAUGAUAUUCACACUCCACUUGUGAGAGGCUAAAAGACAAAAAAUAGAGUGAUAAGUUUACAAGAGAAUGGGAAUAUCAUUUCUAUUAAUGCUUUACUGAACAGGAACAUGGUUGGUUUUUAUUGUAUUGCAUACUCACUCAUACUUUGUUUCAUUGUCUAUUUUUCUUUCAGCUUGAGAUCCUCUGUAAUUUGGUGAUGUGGAGAAGAAAAAAAUGUUCAGUGUGACUGCUAGGUUAAUGACCAAACAUGUGGUUGGACUUGGCCUUGGGGAGAUUUGUCAUUAUCAACCAGAAAAGGGUUGUCCAUUUCCCAUUGGGAAGAACACAAAAUGUCAUAACAGUUGUCAAUCUCCUCAAAGCUUCUUCUCUUUCUUGGUGUCUCCCAAAUCUCCAAAAAACCCACAAAUCCCUGAAACGCCCAGGUUCAACUUCUCAACAAGUUUUCUAAUUCUGGGUAAGCCUCAAAUGAAUCCCUUUUUAGCAUUAAUAACAUUAGUCAUAUACCUGGCUAAUAUUUAAUUUUUGUUGGACUACUUGCUUCAAUUUGUGAUGGUUUGAUUUUAUUUUAUUUAUUUUUUUUUGGGUAA